UUUAAAGAUGUUUCCUCUCCACUGCAACAAGUGUUUUUGCCGGCAAAAAUUCGAAACCAACCGCCUGUUUCAUAUAUCACGUUGUGGUCAUGUCAUCUGUAAAGAAUGUCUGCAGCCAACAUGUCCACUGUGUUCCAAACCAUAUAACGGUAUUGCUAUUCAAAAAGAUAUGCCAGUCUCAAUGCAAGAAUAUUUUGAAGAUCCCAUCAAGCGCUAUCUUCAUUAUCAGAAGGUUAUGAGAUUUCAUUACGAACAAGAACGAAUGUUAGUAAUCCAUUGGACCAAUGAAAACAAUACGGUAAUGAAAAGGCUUGAACAAGAAAUACAGGCCUACAAUAAACUUCAGAAAACCCUUGAAGAAAGGGUCGAAUGUGAGCGUACGCGUGUACGCAAAUUAAAAGAAUACAUUGCCUAUCACGAAAGACGCAUGGAGCAGGCUCGCUACAUGACACCGCCAAUAACGGCACAGCCAAGAUUCCGUUAUCCGCCUCGUAGCAAGAGUAGUGAUGGAAGUGGGGGAAAUGCAAUGGAUGUUGCGCCCGCAAAUUGUAUACCACAAUUGACACAAACUAUAAGAGCCCAUUAUGCACCACCACGCAGUCCCACAUUGAGCAACAACAACAGUUCGACAUGUGAAGUAAUAGCACCCAGAGAAAUGCUACCAAAAUUGAAAUCACGUACUCCACCUCCAAUGAUGCCACGUACAGAGCAUGGGAAAAAGUAUAAGCUAAAUCAUUCGUUUUCAAAUUUCAAUAUUUGAAGAGAAAUGUAAUUAAAGUUUUU